CAACACCUCUACAGUCAAUAUGAAGACUCAAUUGAAUUGAUUGUUGACUCAAAUGUUGAGUAAAUUACAUACAAAUGUAAAUAAUUUGACAAACAGUUGACUAUUAAGUGAUUGAAAACAUUGAAUACAUUUGAUUGACAUGUGAUGUGAUGUGUUGUGACGGCCAGUGAUUAUCACCGAUAAGUCUUAGACAAUGACUGCCAUCAACGACAACCAAACAUGUUAUAUGGCAUUGAUGUCGAUGGCAGAGGAGUUCCGGACACAGUCGCCGCCCGACAUGAGAUCAUGUGUCCAGUGUUUGCUCGCAUCACUCAAUGUGGUCACACAUCCCGCCAUUGAGGCCAAAACACAUCUUCAUUUGGGAAAUAUUUUGUUUCAUUUCACUACCAAUUUAGACAAAAGUCAGUCACAUCUGGAAAAAGCGUGGUGUUUAUCGCAAUCAGUGCCCAAUUGUGAUGAAAUCCUAUUUGAAUCGGUGUCACUGUUGGCAACAGUUUACGAUAAAAAGAAUGACUCGCAAAGAGCUAAACAGAUGAUAAUCAAUACAUUAGAUCGAUCGCAGCCCUGGAUCUAUUGGCACUCAAGACUUCUGUUCCAAUUAGCCCAAAUACAUGCAAACGAUAAGGAAUAUCAUUUGGCGUCUAAUAUCUUGAGUGUUGGUGCAGAUUAUGCCAACAAUUCUGGUGCUCACUACACACGCAUAUUGUUUUUGUUAAGUAAAGGAAUGACAUUAAUGAUAGACAAACGUCUUACUGAAGUUCAUCCAGUCUUGAGUCUCGCCGGACAGUUAGUCGAGACAUGGAAUGGAAAUCUUCAGAUGAAAGAAGCACUCAAAGUAUAUUUUCUUGUCCUUCAAGUUUGCCAUCACUUAAAUGCCGGACAAGUGAAAAGUGUAAAACCAUGUUUGAAACUUCUCCAACAAAGCAUUCAAAGCAUAACUGCUUAUCACAGUGAAGAUGAUUAUGUGAAUGUCAAUCCAAAUGAGUUGUUUAUUUGGAUGCCAAGAGAGCAUAUGUGUGUUCUUGUAUAUCUGGUGACAGUACUUCACUCAAUGCAAGCCGGAUAUAUGGAUAAGGCUCAGAAAUAUACUGAAAAGGCAUUAAUGCAAAUCGAGAAACUUAAAGCUGUAGGCACUCAUCCAAUGCUCAACACAUUUCAAUUGCUUCUCUUAGAGCACAUAGCAAUGUGUCGGCUGGUUAUGGGUAACAGAACUUUAGCCAUCAAAGAGACAGUACAAGCACUCCAAAUAUGUUAUGGAGACCCAAAACUUAAGAUAAGACAUAAGCCGUUAAUUCACGCACUUUUAGGAAUGUAUGCCAUGUCUAUGAAUCAAACAGAUGCAGCUGAAGCACAACUGGCCACUGCUUUAAGAAUACCGAGUGCCUGUACCGAACUGCGGGUAAUGACCAGUUUGAAUUUAGCCAUUGUUUACUUAAGGAAUAAACGCGAAAGAGAAUUAAAUGACUUAUUGGGAAAAUUAAAUCCCGAAACCCUUCCCUCAGUAUCUCAAAGCCUGAAAGCGGCAGCUUAUUAUGUAUUGGGAUUGAACUCAUUUUUUCAGUCACGAUAUAAUGAUGCUAAGCGAUAUUUAAGAGAAACAUUGAAAAUGGCGAACGGAGAAGAUCUUAAUCGACUAACUUCUUGUUCACUCGUCCUCUUGGGUCAUAUAUUCUAUGCUUCUGGGAAUAGUCGUGAAAGUAUGAAUAUGGUUACUCCGGCUAUGCAAUUGGCCAGUAAGAUACCAGACAUUCACGUUCAACUUUGGGCCACAUCUUUACUUAAAGAUCUUUACGGCCAGUUUGGAGAACACGGUCGACAACAAGAAGUGACUUUAAUGCACCAACAAUUCUCACAAACUUUAAUCAAUGAUCACAUCAACGCAUCUCAACUUCAAGAACAUAGUUAUAUUCAUUGGUUUGAUCAAAACGAUUGUUAAUAAAACAUAAUAUAUUUUGGUUC